AUGUCUCUCUACGAUCGCAGCGCACUAGAUCCGCCGCAGUUGGCGGCGGAUUCAUCGCAGGCCGACACGAGCAGCGAUGCUCCCAGCAGCGACUCUCGCAGCGCCUCGUUCGACACCCCCGAGGCCCGACGGGUCGACGAGAUUGCGGAGCUGGCGAGCCGCAUUGCAGCGAGUGGCGAUGCGGAGACAUCCGUCCCUUCCGCUCCAAGGGGGGAUACGGGCGACGCGCGUAACGGUUCGCCAUCUAGUGACCGUGCGACAGGAGAGAAUGCUCCGGCGAACGAUCAACAGAGACCAACGAGGCGACGGGGAGGUUGGCUCGCAGCCGUCGCAGGGGUGCUCGUGCGCUCCCCGCUCGGGGCUCUCUGUCGCACCCUGGGUCGCUCGGUCCGUCGCACAGUCGCCCGCGAUGGCGCUUUGAGCGUCGCCCUGAGUCGAUCCGUCGGCGGGGCCUUGAGCUUGUCGCACGCGGUGACGUGGUUCGCGGUGCGAGUAGUGGCGGUUAAAUUGCUACGGAAGCCUGUACGCGCUAUAGGCCCGCCGCUACUGUGGCCCGCGCUGCACGUAGUGGCAAUAAUGCACCUGGAGGCGCGACUCAGUGGGGGGAAGGGUGGCGGAAGGGCAGGGGGAGGGGGAACGGUAGGGGGAGAGUUGGUGGCGGGAAGGGGAGCGGGGGGAGAAGAGGAGGCGGAAACGUUGCUGAGGGAAAUCGGGGGACCGUUGGAGAUGGUUGGUCGUGUUGUGACGGUGACACGUGGCGGGACGUGGAUGAUCAUGGAGACGUUCGCCGCGCCUCUCCUCGUCUCCACGCUUUCCGCCCUCCUGCCCUUCCUCCUCCCGGCCCGCCCCUCCUCCCGCGCGCCCCCCAAGGAUCCUCCGCACAUGCUCCCACCCCCGGUCGAGCCCCGCCCUUCCCUCUCAGCAGCACGCGCAGCAGCGCGCGCAUCAGCGCGAGCAGCGGCGGCAGCAGCGGUAGCGGCAUCACCAGAAGGGGCUGGAUCAGUGGCAGGGGCUUCGUCAGUGUCAGACUACUCACUCGACGGCUCUCCCGCUGCGUCUGACACGGCAUCAUCAGCAUCCCCUCCCUCCUCUCGCCCUUCCACUCCUCCUCCCCGUGCUGCUGUCCUUCCCGCCCUCCCUUCCCCGCCCUCGCCCGUGCUCUCUCCUGCUGACCAAGUUCUGAUCCAAGACGUGCGAUCGGCGCUCGAAGAUGCUGACGUGGACACGCAGGAUUGGCUGACAGACGACACAGUGCUGCGCUAUGCAGUGCCAGGCAAGCGCCACGUGGCAACAAUGGUGAACCGCAUCCGCGCCACUGCCACGUGGCGCCGCUCCUUCCGCCUCCUCGCACCUGCCGAGGUGCUCUGCUCCCCCUGGCGCCCCUUCGGCUACUGGCACGGCGCGGACGUGGACGGCAGGCCUUGUCUUGUUCUGCAUCUGGGACGGGCGGCUAGGGCCAUUCCGUCUGCCUCGCAUGCCGACUUUGUCUGCUAUCUUGCGUCCCUAGUGAGCGCAGUAGCAGCAGCGCUCACCCUGGCAUGCCCUGACAGCGGGCGCAUCGCCGUCAUCCUGGACUGCCAGGGCGCGCCUGCCCUGUGGCACCUGCCCGUGGGGCUGCUGCGCGCCACCAUCACCGCUCUGCACCGCAACUUCCCGCACCGCAUGGCGCGCCUGCACGUGCUGCACCUGCCGCCCGCUCUGCGCCUCCUGGCUCGCGCCAUGCUGCAGCUGCUGAGCCCAGGCACACGCAGCAAGAUACAGAUCAUCGGUGGCGGAACUUCUGCCACGUCAUCACUCUCCGAUCUCUUCGGGCUCCAACUCAGCGUGCCAGCUAGGCUGGCAGGCGCAGUCACCACCCAUGCAUGCGUCGCCCCAGCAAGCCUCCCCUAUACGUCCCCGGACUCCCCGUCGCAGCUCCCCCCUUAUCUGUGCUCUACGCUCGGGCAAAGGGCGGGCGGUGUCGCAGGGGGUGGAGUGGGCAGAGAGGCGGUGGGUGAGCCGGAACGUGCUUCGUCAGCCGAAUCCCCUGUCGGCAAUGAUGCGGCAAAUCCUUCUCAUUCAAGCAUAGCCGCUGCCGCUGUAGCCGCAGAAUUAGGAGAAAGUGUAGGCACAGGCCUGGGUUUGGGACUGGAAGCAGCCGCAGGGGUAGUGCCGGAUCAGUUCGUUUCGACGGAUGACCUUCCUGCGGCGAACGGAGCGGCAAACGCGGCGACAGGCGCAGCGAGGCCGGAGGGUUUCAACCCGAAAUUAGCGGGAAUUGAGGAGGAGGAGCGGAUGGUGAACGAGCUGCUGACGUGGCUGGAGGAGAGAGGCGUGAAAGGGAUUAGAGACGACGACGCGGCAAUUAAGGUAUUCAUUGACGCCAACACUACACUCAAGGCGUCCGGCAGGUCAAGAGCGAACCUCCGCAUGGUGGCGCGGCGCCCCAUCGCGGAGGGCGAGGCGUUUCUGUCGCUGCCUCGCUCGCUCGCCCUCACUGAAUCUCACGCGCAGGAAGAGGCAAAGCCGUACGAGGGGGAGGUGCGCCCGUUCACGGCGCUGGCGGCCGUUCCCCUCCCCUCAACAGCUCUGCCUUUCCCAUCCCCCCACUCCGCCCAGGUGCACCCAUUCACGGCCCUGGCGGCGUGGGUGCUGAGGGAGCGGGGCAAGGGGCGCGCGUCCCUGUGGGCGCCCUUGGUGCGCCUGCUGCCCGCCCACCUGCCCUUCCCCCACCUCUUCUCCGACCGGCUUCGCACGGAGCUCCAAUCACAAUCGCUGCUCUUAGCCACCGCAGAGCACAAGCGGAUGCUGUCAGAAGAGUACAAAAAGUGCCGGCCAGAGGCCAUAGCGAAUGCAAGAGAGGAGGAGUUCCUGUGGGCGGUGGGCAUGGCCAACGGCACGCACAUCACCUUCACAGAGACGGCCAGCAUCUCACCAGGCCAGCACGUGAGCGUGGAGUCCGGGCUGCUGGCCAACGACACGCACAUCACGUUCACAGCCACGGCCAACAUCGCUGCAGGGCAGCACGUGAGCGUGGAGUCCGGGCUGCUGGCGAACGACGAGGCGCUGCUGACCCGCGGCAUGGCGCUGCAGACCAACUACCGUGACAGCGCGGACGUGUUUGAAUUCCCCGAGCCCGCCAUCGACUUCUUCGGCCGGCACUAUUUUCGGACGCACUGGGAGUCAUUCAUGGAGACUGACGUGGAGCAGGUCUUUGCUGACAUGGAAAAGGCACUCAAGGUCGAGGUGACCAAGGACCGGUACAAGGGCAUACCGGACGAGCCUGAGUUCAGGAUUGAUACACAGGCGAGCCUGAGAGUUUGGUUCGGUGGGAGGCUCGAUCCGAGGCUGUUGGGAGGUCUGGCAGCCCUGCAUGCGCACGUGAUGAACAAGGAAGCCCCUGACUAUGCAGCACUGGCGCGGCCGGCAGUGGAUUACUCAUGGCUUAAGGAGCCCAAGACCACGUGUGACGACUACGCCGCCUCGCUCCCCGACAACCUCGGGGACUCCAUCCCCGCAGCCGGCACGGGCAUUCUGGAGCGCGCCAGGCAGAUGCUGCAGGCCAUGGGGACGUCACGGGAGGGGGACCUGCAGCGCAUGUAUGUGGUGCAGGCGUGCAAGGUGCAGGUGCUGUACGGCACCUACCCUGGGGACAAGCCGCUCAUGUGCCCGCCUGAUUUUGUGCGCGAGUUGCCGGACUGGGAAGCGGCUUUGGCUUACAGGCUUUCAAAGAAAGAGGUGCUGUCGCAUGUGAUUGCCCGCCUCACAGCCACAUGCGAUGCUUAG